AUGUUGAAGGAAACGUUGACGACAGAGCAAGGAAACGUUGAUGACGGAGCAAUAAAUGUUGAUGACGGAGCAAUAAAUGUUGAUGACGGAGCAAAUGUUGAUGAAAGAAGAAAUGAUCAACAUCCUGCUUUUGGUUAUAACAAACCGGGGUUGCUUAAAAUAGAUUCGUAUCUCAUUGAUAAUAUGAAACAAAAAAAUGUUAAGACAUCUUUCAAUAAUAAUUCACGUGAGGGUACCCAUGAGUACCCUUCACUUCCUUCAGGUGAUUUAAGAUUAAGUAGUAAAUCUGAAAUUGAAUCAUUUGAUGAUGAAAAUGAGAUAUAUGGAAUUAUCCCUUAUGUUGCGCCAGAGGAUAAAAAUCAUGAUGAAGAACUUAUUAUUGAUAUAUGUCCCCCAAUUGUUACAAAUGAAUGUUGGCACUCUGAUCCAAACAAGAGACCAACAACUACUGAUUAA